AAAGUUCCUAAACGGAGAACAUGCGGCUCCAGCGUCUUUUCUGAAGAUGUGGCGGCUGAACCGAACCACCUCUGUAGACUACCUGACGGCGCUGAAAACCACCAAACAUGUGGACCAUUCCACCCUGAGCGGCCUAGACCUGGCAGUGGCCCAGUCCUGUACAGAUCAUGACGUCUCCAUACUGAACUUCACCACCAGACAAGUACAGGCAGCGAUACGAACAGGUAAGGAGAAGUCACCACAAAUUAGGCAACGAGAAAUCGAAGCCCUUAGCAAGGAGCUGAGACAAAAGGAAGAAAAAUCACAGAAAGAACUCAGGCAGCUCCAAGUUAGGAUUGAGACAAUGAAGGGAGAGUUACAGACAGCCAGAAAGGAGACAGAACGCUUAAAGAGGGAUGUAGCUAUGCUGACACUGGAGAAGGAGAAGGGACAAAAACUCGUCUUGGAUCAGAAGCUAGAAAGUGAAGCUAUGGAGACAGCCAGACAGGAGACGAUAGAUCGUGUGCAUCAUCUGAGUAAAGAGAUAACCAGGCUUACACAGAAAGACAAGGCAGCAGAGAUAACGAUUCAGGAUCAGGAGGAAGAAAUCCGUCAGCUGAAGGAGACCAGCAAAAACAUGAAUGAUGGAAUACAGGAACUAUUGGAACACUCAGCAAAGUAUAAAAUUGUAGAGGAAAUCAUCUUUAAGUUAAAGGAAUUUGUAAAGGAAAAAGAAUCUGGUGAGGACGAAAAAUCAGGGCAGGAAGAAGUACCUAAAGAGAAGAAUGUAUCUCGGAAAGAGGAAGAACCUUCAAAAGAGGAAGAAUCUGUAAUAGAGACAAAACCUGGGGAUGAAUCUGGGAAGGAACAAGAAACUGGGAGGGAGGAAGAGGCUCUGAAGGAGAGAGAAUCUGAGAAAAAGGAAGAAUCCCGGAAGGCAAAAGAAG